UUUUUACAGGCAAUUCAAGUAAACUAUGGUUGAGUUGUGUAGCUGUGGGAAAGAAAGUAAAUACUGCUGUCCAAAGUGUAGACAGAGAACGUGUAGUCUGGAAUGUGUUAAAGCUCAUAAAGUUGAAAAAAGUUGCAGCGGUGUUGCAGAUAAAGCAUCAUUUGUAAAACUGUCAGAUUUUGAUAACAUUCAGCUAAUAUCAGAUUACAAGUUUUUGGAAAAUAUCAAAGAGUCGAUAGAUAACUCUCAUAGGCAGCUUGUUCCCAAUUUUAAUGGUCAAAAUGCCAGGGGGAUGAUCAAAAAGAAGUGCCUUACAAAUGAAACGAUCAUUAAGUUCAUGCCUGUUACCUUUUCUCGGCAUAAGCUGAACAAGACCCAUUUUAAAGAUGAUGUCAUAAGAUGGACUGUAGAAUUAAUCUUCUCUGACCGGAGCCAGAAACUUCUAGCUCAUGAUAUCUCCGAAACAUUGAAAAUUACAGAUCUGAUUGAAACAUAUAAAAGUGAUUCUGCACCCCACUCAGAAUAUCGAUUUGUGAGCAUGUACUUCAAAAGUGAUCCAGAUGUUUCAUAUUUCGUUCAAGCAGAUGGUGAUACAAACACAUUUCAUUUGCUUGACCCAGAUUUGACAAUCAUGGAAUCUCUGAAGUUCAAAACUGUCAUCGAGUACCCUACCAUAUUCAUCACUACAAAACCAGCUUCCUUUAAGGCAGUGGAGUGUAAAGCAUUGGAUGUGAGAGCAGAGUUGACAAAACUGGGAUUGCUGAAUGAUGGCAAGAGAAAGAGGAACAACAGAAGACGCUCAUACAAAAGACAGAAGAAAGGGAGGAAUCAAAAUAACAACACUGCAGGCGAAGAUGAUAGCAAGAAAGUGGAAGUUGGCAAGUGUGACGAUUUGAAAGAGCGUGAGAAAACAUCAGAUACAAAGAGUAAUUCAUUUAAAAACAGUGUUCUGGCACUUUUUGGUGAUGAGCAAGAAAAUCAGUCAGAUGGUGAAGCAUGCUCAACAGAUGUGAAUUCUUUGCCUGCAGAGCCAGAGGAAGAGGGGGAGAUUUUAACCUGAUAUAAUGCUAUAAAUAUAAUGCUAAUUUAUCAGUGACAUGAUCCUCGUCAUGACAGUAAUUUUUUGAAGGAAAUAAAACUAUUUAUU